ACAAAAAAAAUAAAAAACACUGAUAAUUUCUCUCCUAAAUCGAAGCCCUAAAAAAUUUCACUAAAUUCUCUGUAAUUUACUGAAAUUUGCAAGAGGAUGGCUACAGCAGACGCGGAAGCGGUUGACUUCGAGCCGGAGGAGGAUGAUCUGAUGGACGAAGACGGCGGCGUAGACGCCGAUACUUCUCCUAGGGCUCCACUUCCCAAACUGAAGUCCGCCAUCACCGGAGGUGCCGGAGCUUCUUCUUCUUCGCUUGCGGCUGCUCGGAAGACUAAGGGCCGUGGCUUCAGAGAGGAGACUGAUGCUGACCGUCAAACCCGAAUUUCCUCUCGUGGUGACUUUGACUCCCUCGGAAACGACGGUGGGCCGGGCCCCCAGCGAUCUAUUGAAGGAUGGAUUAUUUUGGUGACUGGACUACAUGAAGAGGCGCAGGAGGAUCAUAUACAAAAUGAAUUUCGUGCAUUUGGCGAGAUUAAAAAUUUGCAUUUAAAUCUUGAUCGUCGGACUGGGUUUGUCAAGGGUUAUGCACUCAUUGAAUUUGAGAAAUUUGAGGAAGCAAAAACAGCAAUAGCAUCUUUGAAUGGAACUGAACUUUUGACCCGGAUCAUCACUGUUGACUGGGCGUUCUGCAGUGGACCCAUUAAAAGAAAGAAUAUGAGGUCAGGACGAGCUCACCGAUCAAGGAGUCCAAGAAGAAGAUUUUAAUCGGGUUUUUCGUUGAGGGGAUUUGUGGCCUUUUUCAAGGGUUUUGACAUUAAUAUUUGUCGUGGAAGAUCAAAAUUUAUGAAUGUUCACAAUGGGUUUAUGGAUUGGUGAUGUAUUUGCUAUGAAAUCCUUCAGUUCUCUCUACCUUCGAGGCUUGAUCAUAUUUGUUUAAUGUUUUGAGGAAUUGUUUUUCUCUCUCCCAAUUUAGUGGUAAUUACUCAUGGCAUUGAACUCUUGUAAGAUCAAUGCUUGUUUGUUAAAUUUAAAAUGUACUACUAGUUGACUUAAUGUGAACUCUCAUUUGAUGGUAGUUUUAUGGGAUUUCUAAGUGGAUAAA